AUGACGAAAGUCAGUGCAAUAUGGGUGCCGAGAUUGCUCACGCCGCCUCAAAAGCAACAAAGAAUCGAUGCAUCAAAGUACUUCUUGGAGCUGUGUGGCGCAGAACCUACCCCAAUUUUGGAGCAAAUUGUUACUGGAGAUGAAAGUUGGGUUCAUCACUUUGAGCCCGAGUCCAAACAGGAGUCAAUGCAAUGGCAUAAAAAGGGUACACCACCCCCUAAGAAGUUUAAGGUGUCGGAAUCGGCUGGAAAAAUCAUGGCUACGGUUUUUUGGGAUUGUAAAGGAAUUUUAUUGGUUGACUACAAAGAAAAGGGGGUCAAUAUAAAGGGAGAAUAUUACGCAAGAACAUUAGAGAAACUGAAGGAAGCUGUCAAAGAAAAAAGGCGGGGAAAAUGA